AUGAAAACAACUUCAAGCUUAUCAACUAUUCUCCUCUGCCUAGCAGUUCCGUGGGUAACAGCGAGUGCCAAUGACACCCUUUUGCGUUACAAACAACCACUCCCUCCCGACAUCGAAAUCGUCGAUCUGAAGUUACGAUUUUACGAAGUUCAAGACGCCAACCCUGGCGCAUUGAUUGGCCCCGAGAACGGCGGCUGGUAUCUCAAGUAUCCAGACAACGGCAAAGUUGUGGCGGUUUCAACCGACAACUUGACCAUCGAAUUGGACCAGAGGUACAUGUCUUUUGCCCACACGCUCAAAGACGAAGGGAACCACGACGAGGCUGCCGAUGUGCUACGAGAACUACGAGAAAAUGGGGCUGAUUUGGAGAAGCUAAAGAAGGAUUGGGAUUGCGGGGCAUAUGGUUGCACCCCCCAGAGGGGAUGCAGUUUUCCUUUUUGCGUCAAUCCUGGUGCACCGGGGAAAUGUAUUUACUACUCAGGCUGCCAUUACUGCUCUAUUCGCAAUCGAUGCAUAUGA